AGAAUAUACGAGUCGCAUUAACAGUCAUGCUGCCAGAUCAGUUCGUGUUGCUCAUCUCGCAUCAGGAUGCACCCGACCCGUCGAUUUGCACUAUUUUUGGUCUGUUCCAUCCUAACUUUUAAUAGACAAGGAACUUGUCAGGAUGGGCUGCAAAAUUUUGUUUACUCCACAAUGCUCGGUUUUAGCGAAUGGAUAGUAGAACAAGGUCUCGAUCCGACGCCACCACUACGGAAAGAAUACGGCAUGACCUUCUCUAACGCAAAUUUUGAAUUGGACGGAACGAUGGACAACAUCUCCUUACACGGAUUAUCCCACAGUACGAUCAAUAUCGACAUUACGAGGACUAAUUAUGCAUCUCAGCUUAUCGAUAUUGAUUACCAAACGACCAUUGCAGGAGUAGCCGGCGUCUAUUACAACGCGAGGGGUCUGGUCGCUCAGGAAUAUCCGAUAUGUUCAGAUAGUGGAAAUUGGUCCGUAACAUCUGGCAUUUUUACGGUCACGUUUAAAAGAUCUUUUAAAAUUGAGAACGAUUACAUCAUAUUGGACCCCAAUGACGGAAAUGGUGACCAUUUCACCAUCACUGUGGAUGACAUGGACGCAACAUUUGACGGCUUACUGACCCCUGACGCAGCCGAGUAUGAGAGGGAAAUGAUGACGCAAAUCGCUUCAGAAUUGUGCAACCGAUUAGAAGGAGGGAAGAUAUUUAUGGGUCCAAUAUUUACCCAGUUUUUGAAUACGGCCCUUUCAGUUACCACAGUCAAUCAAAUCAUCAAUUGGCCCACCCCCUUAAAAACCGCUGCCCAGGAGAAGAACACAUCAAAAAUUGGGACACGUUCAAAGUCAAGCAGGAGCGUGGGUUGUCCACCCCCAGUGACGACUCCACUGCCUGGUGGCGGUGGCCGAAGUGAUGCGACGCAACACUCCCUACUUGGAAAAUUGCUGGUUUUAACAACUUUGUUUCUAAAACUUAAACGAGACUAUUAAAAAUGAAUUCUUGGAAUUUCGUUGGAUAUUUGCAUAUAAUACUAAAUGUUCAUAUGCUAAUAUGUUAAUUUAAUUUAAUUUAAUAUAAAUUUACUUAUGUAUGUACGUAUGUAUGUACAUAUGCAGUUACACGCGUAUACUAACUGUACUAAAUAUGAAUUAUUAUUUAGGAAUUGUAAAUAAAUAUGUAUGUAAAGCAUUAAUCAAGCA